GGGCCUGGCGCUCCUCUCAUUUCCCUGGCAAAUGCUGUCACCAGUUCCCCCUUCUAGUCAGAAGUCACACAGAUCUCUGGAACACAAGCAGCUAGCAGACAUGGGAUCUGUGGCAGCCUUCAUGAAUCUGCUCCUAUGUGCCAUGCCACUCAUCUCAGGUGCUAACCCCGAGCUCAUUUCUUUGCCGUCCGUCGUGAACGGGAUCAGGGGCAAGCCGCUCUUUGUAGCAGUGGAAAAAAAUUUUAAUGAAGAAGGAGCGCAGUUCCAGGGCACCUGGUUUCAGCUCAGUCCUAAUCCCAGUCAUCUGGUCACAUUCGAUAACAGUAAAGUGAUCCACGACAUGGUCCUGAGGGAAACACUGGAGCAUAUCACUCCACCCAACAUCUCUCUGAACUUCACGUCUUUGGAUGAAGCAGAUGAGGGAGACUACCAGCUAAAAAUCAACAUCAUCCUCAAUGGUCAGACAGAAUCAGAGACUGUUAUCAAGAAUGUGAAGAUCACAGUGAACGUGCCUCUCUCCAUCCCUGUGGUUGAGACAAGCCACAAAGGCACACUAGUGGAAGAUCAGGACAACAUUACUCUGACCUGCACUGUGGAGAAAGGAACUAAUCCUAAGUAUGAUUGGUUCAGAAACAACUAUGUGGUCAUCCCAAGCAAGCGUCAUAUCUUCUUGCAGGACAACAGCAUUCUGCACAUCAACCCAGUGAAGAAGGAGGACAUUGGUGCAUACAGUUGUGCGGUCCAUAACCCCAUCAGCCAUUACCAAAGUGAAGACAUGGAGCUCAGUGUGUUCUAUGGCCCCUACAACCUGGAAGUGAACUGUGAACAGGGUCUGAAAAUUGGCGAGGUGUUCACUGUAAAUAAGGGCGAGAUGGUGUUUUUCGACUGCCUGGCUGACUCGAACCCUCCCAACACCUGCGUGUGGAUCUCUAGAAACGACAACAGCACAGAAGUGCUCAUGACCGGCCCUCGCUUUGAGCUUGCUUCUCACACUCUGGGCCAUGCAACAAACUUCUUGUGCAGGGCUUUUAACAACAUAACCAAUAAACAGGAUGAGACUCAGUUCACGAUCGUGGUGGCCAAUCUUGGCAAAGAAAGAGAAAAUCUUGUCCAGGAGGAAACCGCAGUGUCUUCUUUAGCCGUCAUUGCAGUCUUCUCAUUGCUCAUUAUUGUCUGCAUGUUAAUUGUGCUCUUCUGGAAGUCCUGCCAUCCGUCAAAAGCAUUCAUGAAGAUUUAUAGCAGGCCUAUCCCAGAACAGAAAGGUCUACACCGCUCAGGUCAUGAGGAUGCUACUGAAGAUUUUGGCAUCUAUGAGUUUGUUUCCAUACCUGAGAAAAUGGAGUCCAGGGAGGCAUCGUGCAGAUCUCUGACACGGCUCGAUUCAGCCCGAGAUUUGCAUACCACCAUCUAUGAUGUCAUCAAGCAUGUUCCUGAAACUCCAACACUGAGUCUGAUGAAGUGAGCAACAGGUUCAACAGAAACGAGUAGGAUUUAGGAAAGUGUUUCUGCAAAAAAAAAAAAAAAAAAAAAAGCACUGGCGAUGCUGGUCAAUGCCAGCCUUUCUUUAUUUCUUUCUAUCAUCACUUGAAUAUGGUUUGACUCUUUUAAUAUUUUAUAAUAUAAAAAGCCCUUCAUGGAUCAUGCCUAUAAUCCAAUGAAACAGAAAGGUGAUAUUUUUUAGAUAUUUAUUUGACAACAUAUUUCCCCCGGGGUUUUUGUACAUAGCUUUUCUUGGUUUUUGUUACCGUUAUCUUUUUGUCAUUGACGUUCAGCUUUAGUGGUAUUACUGGAUAUCUGAAAAGCUUUGCAAUAAUUAAGAUGUGAUUUCGAUAUCUGUUUAUACGUUACCAGCUUAAUCGAUACCUGAGAGUAUUUAUAUAUUUAUACAACAACAUCAAAUGCAGACUAGCCACUGCUUCAUCUGUCCUGCAUGUAAAUAUAUGCUUUUCUUUUUUUUUUUUUCUUUUUUAAAAAUUCUGAUACUGUAUUUUUGCACACUGCAGUGACAUUAUAUCUGCGGUAAAUGUCAGAGAAUUCAGAGAUGCUCUGUAUAUUACAUUGCAGACGCAAAUUGUUGCAAAUAUUCACAGCGUAUAAGAAUAAAGUGCUCUUUAUUUUGAAAAUAAAGAUUUAUUCCAGUCA